CUGUCCAUAUUUCCAUAAUAUAUAACUAAUUCAAUAGAAUGACACCCAUCUUCAAUAUCAUGGCUGCGGAAGUUGCGAGCCGGUUAGCUGGAAACUCCACACCUCGUUGCAAGAAAUCGGCGGGUUCGUGCUAGGAGGCCUGAGGAAUCAGAAUCCAUCAACUUGGUUCGAGCCUGCACUUUGAUCGAUAAAAUAUAAACUUCCAACUCCAACCCUCCAAGCUCCAACAAUCCCUGUGUCUGCGAGUGACUAGCGAUCACUGACUGGCACGGCGGUCCAUGGAGGGACAAGUUGAAGUAUGCAGCUCGGAAGUCGAAGAUCGCGGGAUAUACAUGUCAUUACCACAUGACGCACAGUCAUGUUACAACCUCAUUUGGCGCAUGAAUAAGAACUUGGAACGAGAGCUCGAAAAAGUUGGUCGAAGAGGAAGGGAGGGUUACGACAAGGACCUUCAGAGAUGGAAGGCUGAAGCACACGAUCUCGGCAACUGCAAACCUCGGACUCGAAAGCUUGCCUUUAUCGGUAGGACAGGAGCUGGCAAAAGUACAGCUAUCAAUGCCAUAUUGGGCGCGCCAGUGUUAUCAACGCGAGCAGACGGCGCGUGCACGUCUGUUCAGACUGAAAUAAUCUACGAAGAUUUGCACCCUUCAACUUGGAGAGCAAGCGUUAACUUCAUCGAAAAAGAUGAGUGGAAAAAAACUCUGCAAAUUCUUCUAGAUGAUAUCGCUCCUGUCUGUGAAGUUGGUGCUUUGAAGAUCGAACAUGAUGAUUUCAGGCCUGCGUUGGAUGCAUGGGGCAUCCUAAAAGAGGUCUAUCCUCACCUUCGUGCACUAUCAUUCCCACCGCCUCAUCAAGACGUACAUGCACUCCUGCAACACGAACCCGUGGUAUCCAUACUUGGUACCACCAUUCAGACGACAGGCACAGGCUUUGAUAGCCUGGAAUUGCAGCUCCGGCCAUAUUUAACUUCGUAUGUAACAGAGGAACAGCCGAUCCUCCAGUUGGAGCCAUCUGUCUGGCAUCUGGUAGACAGUGUUCGUAUUUAUGGAGCAUUUGAAGUGCUCGCAUCCGGUGCUGUCACACUCGUGGACAUCCCUGGUUUCGGGGAUGCCAAUAAAACAAGAACCAAGCGUACCAAAGAAUACCUCAAAAAUGUUGAAGUAGUAAUACUAGGUUUGAAAAACGAGAUGAACGGAUUUGUCUUACCACUAAUAUUUGCAUCAGUUGCAGACAUCAAGCGCGCAGCUGAUGACCAGGCCAUGCACAACUACGUUGAGAAAUUCUUGCAUCAAAUGAUUGCAAUAGAUGGCCGCAUAGAAUCGCUGUUAAUUGUGCUCACCGGAGCGGACGUACGAAUCAACGAGGACCAGCUGCAUCACCUCAGUUCAAACCAACGCCAGAUAAUCCAGAAAAUGCAUCAGGAGAUCGUCCAUCUCAGCAAAAGCCUGGAUGAGCAAGAGAAACAAUUCGACAUGUUCUUUCUCGACUUCUAUAUGGCUCCGAAGGAUAGUCCUGAGUUUGUGGGGCUGUCGGAGCGCCUAUGCUCGACCAAAGAGAUGAAGGGCCAGACAGCUAGUAGACUGCAUUUGGCAAAAGCUGCCAAAGACACAUACAUUGCAGCAUUUUGUCAGCACCAACGAUCUGCUCGGGCACGAAGUGUCUUUCUGGAGCUCUAUCGUCAAGUAUACUGUAGUAUUAAGCAGGACUCUGCCAGUCAACCCCCUUUGUUACCUAUUUUCUGCAUUGGAAGUGUGGAUUACACCCAACUUUUGGUGACAGAUAGACAAUACCGAGCUCCGGUGGUUUUUACUGACCUCGAAGAUACUGGUAUUCCGCAUUUGUGUCGUUAUAUUCAUGAUUUUGGUUCCGAGAAAGCGAUCUCAGAUAUCAAUGCCCACGUGCACAGGUCAACAUUGCUGUGGGAAUCAAUUGAGAGCUACUUUCUUUCUUCACGGCGAGAUUCGAGGCUCGCAGCCUAUGAGGAUGCAGCAAGAAACCUGGUGGAAGCUCUCAAGGAUACUGUCAACGAGAUACGCAAAAUUUCAGGAGCGAAGAUCGACAACAACAUGAACGAACUGGAACAAGCUCUUCGAAUUGAAGCUGAAAAGGUAGCUGAGCGCAGUCUCAACACCAUCAAGAUGCUCGGAGAGAAUCGUCAAUGGUGCAGCUACCGUUCUCUCAUGCGCCGAGAGGGUGAAUGGCGAUCAACAGAUCUCAAUGAGGACCUCGUUCACGGAAUGUUAGAAGGCAAUGCAUCAAGUGUGUGGCACAGGUUAUUCAACGAUUUUAUAAGAACAGAGCUCCAUUCGCUCGUUGUGGAUAUUUCGAAUCUUUGCAACGACACAGUUCAAUCUAUCAAGAACAGAGCCCAACGAACGACAGCAAUUGCACCACACAUUGACAAUGCAUGUAACUUUAUACAUCCAUCUAAUACCAUCAAUCCUGCACGAGACCAAUACUUGUCAGCCCUUUUGACAAUGCAAAGGGAAUUUUGCGGUUCGUUCAAGGGACUUCUCCGCGCUGCGUUGGAGGACCACUAUCACGUUGUUGGAAGGGAAUCUGGUGUAGGAAUGUUUUCACGAAUGAAGGCCCAGGAUCUGAAUGAAGAACAAUUUAGUCCAAUAAAGGCCCGAGAAUUAUAUACUAGGCUCGUCGAUCAAGUCAUGACAGCUGUCCGAAUGGCAAGGAAUAAGGGGGAAACAGCACUCGACGAAGCACUUGCCCGUUUGUACGCAAUCAUUGACCGUUCUCUUGUCUGCGUGCAGGGAGAUGAUCAAAUAUGCAAGGUCACACGGAGGAAUAUGCAGAAAUUUCUCGACAAAGAAUACAGUACCCCACUGGCAGAAACGAUGAUGAUCAUGGAUAGGUAUCAAGAGCGCAACACAGCACCAAGAUAGGUGAUAAUAUAGUAAUCAUAGAUCAAUGUAUUGCACUGAGGUUGGAAUCG